AUGGCGCGUCGGCGCGCGACGUGCGUCGGCGCGCUGGAUCAGGGGACGACGUCCACGCGGUUCGUCGUGUACGAGACGACGGCGCCGCGGGACGCGAGGACGUACGUGAAGAUCGCGUCGGCGCAGCGGGAGCACGCGCAACGGUAUCCGGCGCCGGGAUGGUGCGAGCACGACGCGGAGGAGAUCUUUGAGCGCGCGCUGACGUGCGCGAGGGAGGCGCUGCGAUCGGCGGGCGUGACGGCGAGCGAUCUGGCGUGCGUGGGGAUCACGAAUCAGCGAGAGACGACGUGCGCGUGGCGGCGAAGCGACGGGACGGCGCUGGCGAACGCGGUGGUGUGGUUGGACUCGCGCACGCGGGAGACGUGCGAUGCGGUGGUGAGAGAGGCGUGCGAUGGGGAUAAGAACGCGUUCGUCGCGACGUGUGGGUUGCCGGUGAGCACGUAUUUUAGCGCGAUGAAGAUGCGGUGGUUGUUGGAAAACGACGAGGGCGUGCGCGAGGCGGCGCGCGAAAAAGAUUUGUGCUUUGGAACGAUCGAGAGUUGGUUGGUGUAUAAACUCACCGGCGGGAAAGCGCACAUUACGGAUGUUUCGAACGCGUCGCGAACGCUGCUGAUGCGAUUGGAUGAUUUGACGUGGGACGCGGCGACGUGCGAGACGCUCGGCGUGCCGAUGGACGCGCUGCCGGAGAUCAAAUCGUGCGCCGAGGAUUUUGGCGAGAUCGAUGCGAGCAUCGAGGGUUUAGGAGGGAUCAAAAUUACGGGAUGCAUCGGUGAUCAGCAAUCGGCCACGCUCGGACAGAGAUGCGACGUUGGUCAGGCGAAGAAUACGUACGGCACCGGUUGCUUCAUGAUUCUCAAUACGGGUUCAACCAUCGUGCGCUCGAAGCACGGGCUGCUCACGACUAUGGCGUGGCAGCUCGGAGGACGAGACAAAACCCCAAAGUAUGCUUUGGAGGGUUCUGUCGCAAUCGCGGGCGCGGUCGUGCACUGGUUACGCGAUAAUCUCGGGUUGAUUAAAACGGCGAGCGAUAUCGAAAGUCUCGCCGGCACCGUGGAAGAUGCCGCUGGUGUAUCGUUUGUCCCCGCAUUUAGCGGUCUUUUUGCGCCAAGAUGGCGCGAAGACGCGCGUGGUGUGAUUGUGGGGCUGACGCAGUACGUCAACAAAGGACACAUCGCGCGAGCCGCGCUAGACGCCAUCGCGUUUCAAUCGAGAGACGUUCUCGACGCCAUGCGUCAAGACAUGGCUGAAUCGACCUCGCAUUCGCUGAGUGCGCUUAAAGUUGACGGCGGCGCGAGUGCAAAUAAUCUUCUCAUGCAAAUUCAAGCCGAUUGCAUCGGUUUGAAUGUCAUUCGUCCCUCGGAUGUGGAGACGACGGCUCGAGGCGCGGCGUACGCCGCAGCCAUCGGCGCCGGGUUGAUGACAGAGGAAGACGUUUUCGCGAACGUCAGCGAAGGUGAUGGUGAUCGGGACAUCACAGAGUUCGUCCCGAAACUAUCCAUCGAAGCUCGCGAAACGAACUACGCGCGUUGGAACGACGCCGUUGAACGCACGCUCAACUUGAGUGCGUGAAUCCAUGUUGUAAAAUAAAAUCACGUGACCACGAGCCUUUGUUGUCCACCUCGGCCGCCUCUUCCUCCACGCCCGCUCGUUUUCUUCGACACCGGUUCUCGUGCGUAAUCGGGGUCGUUCGCGUCGUCGUUCUUGCUCGCGCCAUGCUUCGCGCUCCUAGGCUUCGGGAUAUUCGCCGCCUUAGGCGCGACGUCGCCCGUGACGUCCAAACGCUCAAUUUCGCUCGCCACCGCGUCGACGACGCUCUUGUUCGCGGUUGGAAGAUCCUUUUCGUCCGUCAUGCAAUCGCGCGCAAGAUGACCUGGCAAUUUGCACCGUCUGCACAGGCCUUUCGCCUUUGUCGCCUUUGUCGGCAUCGGCGUCGGCGCCUUCGCCGUCGUCGGUCGCGCGUCGCGGCGAUAAUCUGGAUCAUCCAAAUCCGCCAACGACCCGCGAAUUCUCGGCGCAUUGUCCUCGUCUCCCGAGCUCAACUCCGCGUCUAAUCCCGCGUCUCCCUUCACCCCUUUCCUCGACCGAGCCUUCGCGUAGUCGCGCUUCCUCGCAGCCUCCACCGCGCGCGCGUGCUUCCCCUCCUCCACGUCCAGCGCCGCUUUGAGAAACGAAUACGACCCUGGAUUUUUCUUCUUCAAUCCCGUCGCUUCCGCGAUGCGCAUCUCCUCUCGCAAAUCUGUGAGCACUUUCGACGGUUUCGCCGACGCGCCGAGCUCUCUCGCGCGCCGUCUCGGUCCCGUCGUUCCGCUCUCCCGCUCCCUUCGCUGCGCGUCUUCCCGCUUCAGCCGUCGCGAUUCAUCGACGCGCGUGCGCGCGAUCGCCGCGCGCGUCUGCG